UUACACUCGUUUAUUUUCCAGACAUGAGGUUCUAGCUUUUAGUUAGCAAGACCCCAAAAACCCUAUUUAUGCUCCCAACGACCUUAACGUCCGUUUUCCCUCCCUCCAUACCCGACUUUGCUCAAAAAAUGUUCUGCUGCCUCUAGGUACCCAAAUUUCAUCCAACGUCACCAGCCAACACGCAUUUCACCUGGCAAAGCGCCAGUCCAAUUCAUCAGCUUAUAUAAGCACACCAUUCCUCGGAAUACAUGCUCAAUUUAUCCCGCCACAACUGCAUUUUCAUUGCAACCCUAGCAGAUUGCAACAGAGCACAACAGAUACUAGAGAGGUGUUUCUAUUUUAUCGUCUUUGGUUACAGUUUGUGAGAAAAUGGCGCUGAGAGCAGGUAGGUUGAUGUUAAUGGCGGCUGCCAAAGCUCAGCAAGCUCGUGCUUCGACGGAAAAGCUUUCAACGAAAGUGCCUAAACCGAAGACGAACCCUAGCCCUACUCCUAGCCCCAUCAAAAAAGAGAAAACGGGCAUUAUGCUUGACCGCCCCGUUUCUACUGAAAUGGGAAAAUUCUGCGGGGUCUCCGAGAUUUCCCGUACUGAGGCUAUGAAGAAAAUUUGGGUAUACAUCAAGGAGAAAGACCUUCAGCACAUUGCAAGGGUUCAAGGGGCUCCUUCAAAGGGCCAUUCAAAAGGCUUGAUUCAAAAGAAUCCUGAGAACAAGAGAGAGAUUAUAUGUGAUGAGAAGUUGAAGACUAUUUUUGAUGGGAAGACAACUGUCGGAAUGAUGGAGAUAGCAAAGUUAAUAAGUCCUCACUUCAUCAAAGCUAAGUAAUCCCCUUUUCAUUUGAGACAUGUAACUACACCAUUGGUUUAAAGAGUGAAAUUUGACAAGGAAGAAAAGCAUGCAUGAUGGCUUCGGUAAAUACUGUGCAGAUGAUUUUUGAAGGCAACACUUUUAUUGAAUACUGUGCAUAGUUCAAGUUUUUGGACUAUGAUAUUUGUGAAUUUGUUUUAGAUUUUCAAACUAGUUGCAUCCUCUUUGCAAGUAUGCAUGUUCCUUGUAAACUUUGAAAUCAGUUUGUUUGGAGUUCGGGCACAAUUUUUAGGUGCUUGAUUUUGAGAUUGAAACUCUACUUUUAACCAAUGCUCCAUUUUCGAGAUUAA